UAUUGCAAAAUAUUUAAACCAGAUUUUUGGUAUAAAUAGCUCGAAAUCGUCCGUCCAAAUCAUCAUUCGACUAGAAGCAAUCCUUCGAAGCAUUAAAGAUCUUCACAUCUUCUACAACCAAACCCAACAAAUCAAUAAAAAUGGCAUCCAAAUUGUUUGUAUGUUUCGCUGUACUCGCCAUCGCCGCCGUCGCCUUAGCUGCCGAACAAGCAAAAUCCAAUGAACGUGUCAAGAAAUCCGCCUGGGCAGGAUUAGAUACUUACUCAUACGCCGCUCCAUACAGUCACGCUUCAUACAGCUCUCUUCCAGUAGGAAUUUCCGCUUACAGCGUCCCAUUGGCUAGAUCUACUCUCGGCUACAGCGGAUUAGGUGCUUAUCCACACAGCAGCUGGGGCCAUGGUUUGAACAGUGCUUAUGCUAUUGCCCCACACAGCAGCUGGGGCCAUGGCUUGACCAGUGCUUAUGCCGUUACUCCAUACAGCAGCUGGGGACAUGGCUUGACCAGUGCUUACGGAGCUACCCCAUACAAUAGCUGGAACAGUGGACUCUACCCACACAGCAGCUGGAACAGUGGACUCCACUCACACAACAGCUGGAACAGUGGGCUCCACUCACAUGGCAUCUGGGCUUAAGAAAAGUUUCCGUAAUAUCUAUUACGUGCGACACUUGUAAUAUUGUUUAAUUCAACUUAAAUACCAUGUUGUAGUAUCUUUUAGUGCUUCUUACAGUCUUUUUUCAUCUUUAUUUGUAUAUUUCAAAUUUUAAAUAAAAUAAAAAAACAUUUAAACUCGUA